AAGUCAUUCCCCUCAUUUCUCUUAUUCAGAAUAGAUCGUAAUUUAUGAUAGAAAAGCAUGCAUGGUUUUCAUAUUCGAUGGCUUUUGUUUCUUGUACAUAGCAAUGAGAUUGCAUGCGGCAUCUCGACAUUCGUGUUUAAACAGAAACCUGUCAAUGUGAAUGAUAUUUUGGAACUUAGGCCACACUUUCUUGAAAAAGAUACGAGAAGUCCCAUCGAGUGUAGUCGGUCUUGCUCAAGAGUCGACGGAUGUAUUUCAAUAAUAUUCGAUAAAGACUCCCAGGAAUGCAGAAUCUUUAGUUCCGAUAUAGCCGAAAGGAAGCGAUCAGAGUCACGUGACGUCGACAAGAAAACACAUUGGGUAUACUACCAUAUUAUUAAAGAGUGCAGCCCAUCCGAAACUUUCUGUCCAGAAGAAUACUCCUUCACUCCGGAACUAUGUUUCUGUUUCAAGUAUUUCUCCGAAAAAUAUACACCACAGGAGGCUACACUGGACUGUCAAGCGACCGGCGCCUUGAGUUCCGGACACGUCAAUAGAAAGGCAGACCUUGCCAAGAUUGAUAGCCCUGCGAAACAACAGAAAAUUGAAGAUUACCUACGGUCAAAGAAUUUUAGUUCCCCCAACAAUUAUGUUGUAAUCCAGGGAACCAAGUCAGGGGAUCAAUGGGUCUACAACGACGAAACACCCCUCGGGUAUACCAACUGGGGCGAAGACGAGAAGGACAAAACCAGCGAGCACAUUUACUACAUCGCUCUGUCUGUUACCAACUUCUCUUGGUACAGCAAAGACAACGAGUCCAAAUUUCCCUAUCUGUGUGAAAUUUCUCCUCCUGAGUAUCUCAUUGUUCCCUAAAGGGAAGCUAAUACAUUCCUGUCUCAUCACAGAGGAGAUGGGGAGGACUUACAUGUACAUGUAGCAGUAAUGUUUGUUCGUGUGUGUGUGCUGAAUGUGAAAGGGGUGUAUGUAAAUGGGGACAUGUUCUAAGAGCGGUUCCGGUAUGCACUUUGUUGUAUGUUCAAGAAUAUAAUCGCAUCGAAGCCUACAUUUUGUCGCAUGUAUCAAUUACGAUUAGAAUUAUUAAUGUUUGUGUCUGUAUAGGUAAUGUUCCAGUUCUUAUUUAGCACCCCUAAAAACUACGACUGAAUUUAGUGCUACUUGCAUUGAAAAUCAACUCUUCUUUGAUGCACAUCAGAUGUACGUAAUUUAGUGUCCUGUAACUAUAAUAAUCUCUUGGUGGUUUUUGUUUUGUUUUGUUUGUUUGUUGUUUUUUGUUUGUUUGGUUUUUUUUAAAAAAGAAAACUCAAUAAACUUGGCCGUUUAACUGUUGGCGAUUUUUCCUUAACUAUUUCACAUAAAAUAAUGUGGUGAAACUAUACAUGUACUUUUUUGUUAUUUGAAAAUUCAAUAAACUCCGAUAUUUAACUUUUAGUGCUUCUUUCCUUAAUUGCCAAAUCAAAGCAUGUGUGUAUGGAUUUAGAUAUUAGAUUUAUUGAACCGUAUAUAUUAUAUAUACAUGUAUAUAUAGAUAGAGAGAAAAGGAGAGGUGUUGUUGGAACUUUUACACAUAUUGUAAAACCCGAUUGGA